GUGUCCGUUUUCUAACUAACGUGAUUGACAGUCUGGAGAAAUUCAACGAUUUUACUGUUUUCUUCAGUCCAAUAAGCACCUGGAGUGCGCAUAAGUUGUGUUGAUAAAGGAUUACUUCAUAAAGAUGUCCAGAAUCCCAAAACUGCCUACUACGGCAACAAAAGAGAAUCGGCCAGGUCUGAUUAAUCGUCCAAUUUCAAGAAGUAUAGCCAAUGUUCUCAGCGACGCUGACAAGAAAAGCUUACUUGCAAACCAUACUAAACCUAUACGUGCUACGGCCAUCGUCGGAGCAAAAGCAAAUGGUAUGAUCACCAAAAGCAUGUCAACAGCAUCAGUGCAGGGAACAUCAAAUGGAAUAUCAGGUACCUUAGCUGCCUCACGCUUAAAGAGAUCGCAGUCUGUACAGGCAACAUCUACUAUUCCUGCCAAAGUUAACAAAGUGGAGAAGAAACCAGUAACUACGGGGCCUAAAUUUGCUCCUUAUGAUUUCAAAGGUAAAUAUAACAAUUUGGUUGAAAUACACAAGACACUGAAAAGUCAGUACACUGAAUUAAAAGACAAUCACAAUGAAAUUACUGAAGACUAUGAGAAAGUUAAAGAUGCUGCAGAAAGUUGUGCCAAGGAAAGGGAUAAUUUGAAAGAGAAAUUGCUAAACACUUACAGUGAGCUAAAGGAAAAGUCAUCGGAAUAUGACAAACUUAAGAUUGACUGUGAAUUACAAAAACAUGAGAUUGAUGAUCUCCACAGAAAAACAAAACUAUUGGAAGAAAUCACAAGCAACUUGAAAAAAAAAUCAUCAGAACUAGAGAAACUGCAAUCAGACUAUGAUGACUUAAACAGACGUUAUAACAGCCUCAAAGAAGAAGCAGAAGCUUUACGAGUUCUUUCCGACCACCUCAAGAAAGUCUCCAUCGAGCAUGAGAAGUUGCAGCUUGAUUAUAAAGAAGCACAAGUGACAAUAACAAAAAAUGUAUCAGACACAGAAGGACUGCAAAAUAUAUUAGCUGCCAUGCAUAAAGAGCAAAGAGAUUUAAGAAAUACUAUACAAGACUUAAAAGGUAAUAUACGCGUGUAUUGUAGGGUCAGACCACCCCUAGAAUCGGAGACUACAAAACCACUCUUCAACCUUCAUGUCCUCGAUGCUUGCUCCAUUGAAGUUGAAAAAAUUGAAUUGUGCAAUUCUUCUACUCGUAAAGGCAAACAUGCCUUUUCUUUUGAUGGAAUUUUUACUCCACAUUCAUCACAGGAAGAUGUGUUUGCUGAAGUGUCUCCUAUGGUUCAGUCGGCACUGGAUGGAUACAAUGUAUGUAUUUUUGCUUAUGGGCAAACUGGUUCUGGUAAAACUUAUACCAUGGAAGGUGGCUGUGGCAAAGAACAGUAUGGUAUCAUACCUCGUGCUUUCAACAUGAUUUUUACAUGUAUGGAUGACCUGAAGAAAAUGGGUUGGGAUAUAGGAAUAAAAGCAUCAUUUCUAGAAAUAUACAAUGAAGUUAUUUAUGACUUAUUGAAUUCUAGUAAGGAACAAGUGAGUCAUGAUAUCAAAAUGGUUAAUUCUAAAGGACCGGUUGAUGUCUAUGUUUCCAACCUCAAAGAGGAGGAGGUGAAGAGUUCCCAUGACUUCAUCAAAUUGAUGAUAUUUGCUCAACGUAACAGACAAACAGCCGCAACACUUAACAAUGAGCGAAGCUCCAGGUCUCACUCUGUAGCUCAAAUUAAAAUAUCCGCUAUCCAUGAAAAGCGUAAGGAAAAGUAUACUAGCAAUCUGAAUUUGGUUGACUUGGCUGGUUCUGAGAGUGGCAAAACUACACAGAGGAUGGAUGAAACCAAACAUAUAAACAGGUCAUUGUCUGAGUUAUCCAAAGUAAUUUUGUCUCUACAAACAAACCAAGCCCAUAUCCCUUACAGAAACUCAAAAUUGACACACUUACUGAUGCCUAGCCUUGGCGGCAACUCAAAAACAUUAAUGUUGGUCAAUAUCAAUCAAUUCGAUGAAUGCUUCAAUGAGACAUUAAACUCCCUGAGGUUUGCAACUAAAGUAAACAACUGCAGAACAGUCAAAGCAAAGAAAAACCUAACUAUGGUUGACACAUAAGUUACACUUACUGUGUCUAUACACUUGAGAUUGCCUUAAAAGAUAACUAAGAAAUAAUGACAUAGUUUGUUACAGACUUGUUUGUUACAAAUGGACUUAGUUUUUUUGGUAAUCAACUUUUAAGAUAGGACAAUCAUAAUCCAGAAAAGAAUACAUCUUUUCUUUUACAGACAUUUAGUUAUUUCCUUGUAAAUAAUGUUACUUCUAAUAUUGAUAGUUUGUAUUUUGAAAUUAAUUUAAUGACAUGUCACAUGCAAAUAAUUUUCUUAAGUCAACUUACGUGUUAAGUUGUUGGCAGAUGUUUCAAAUUAAUAUUGAAUUAUAUUUUAGAACCAUAUUAACUAUAAUAUAAUGACAUUUAAUCUAAAUAGCUUUUGUAGACAAUUCAUAGAUCACCUCG